CCGUCCGCUCGGCGUCGACUCCGAGUCUCCGACUCGUCGUGAGUUCGCCCGCUGUCUCCGUCUCCGCCGCCGCCUCCGCCUGCGCGGAUCCCCAUCCAUCCCGCGAGCGAGCAGGGGCGCCGUCGUUCGUCCUGCCCUCUUCCGCCGCAUCCCGGACUUAUCAGUUUCAGUUAAUCUCAUGUGGGCAACCAGAGGGACAAAUUACCAUAGAUUGCAUGGUUAUUUUUAGCAAUGAAGCGUUUUGUCUACAUAAAUGAUGAAUCUUACCAGAAUGACUAUUGUGAUAACCGGAUUUCUAACACAAAGUACACCCUACUAAAUUUCCUGCCAAAAAAUCUAUGGGAGCAAUUCAGGCGUUUCAUGAAUCAAUAUUUCUUGCUGAUAGCAUGCCUCCAACUGUGGUCACUUAUCACUCCUGUAAAUCCUGCAAGCACAUGGGGCCCGCUUAUUUUUAUAUUUGCCGUUUCAGCAACCAAAGAAGCCUGGGAUGACUACAAUAGGUAUAUUUCAGACAAGCAAGCAAAUGAAAAAGAAGUGUGGAUUGUAAAGAAUGGUACCCGGAAACAUAUCCAAGCACAAGAUAUUCGUGUUGGUAAUAUAGUAUGGAUUCGAGAAAAUGAGGAAGUACCAUGUGACCUUGUUCUGAUAGGAACUUCCGACUCGCAAGGCAUUUGCCAUGUUGAGACAGCUGCUCUUGAUGGGGAAAUUGAUUUGAAGACGAGAGUAAUCCCAUUGACAUGUGUAGGACUGGACUCUGAACAGUUGCACAAAAUUAAGGGUGUUAUUGAGUGCCCAAACCCGGAUAAAGACAUCCGAAGAUUGGAUGCAAACAUACGGCUGUUUCCUCCAUUUAUUGAUAACGACAUUUGUCCAUUGACUAUUAGUAACACACUGCUACAGUCAUGCUACUUGAGAAACACAGAAUGGGCUUGUGGUGUGGCAGUUUAUACAGGCAAUGAGACUAAGUUGGGAAUGAGUAGGGGUGUCCCAGAGCCCAAGCUUACCUCCAUGGAUGCAAUGAUUGAUAAGCUUACUGGUGCAAUAUUCUUAUUUCAAAUAGCUGUUGUUGUCGUUCUUGGAUCUGCAGGCAAUGUGUGGAAGGACACUGAGGCCCGUAAGCAAUGGUAUGUCAAGUACGAUGAUGAUGAACCAUGGUAUCAGAUUUUGGUUAUCCCCCUGCGGUUUGAACUGUUGUGCUCCAUUAUGAUUCCCAUUUCAAUAAAGGUUUCUCUAGACUUUGUUAAAAGUCUCUAUGCAAAGUUCAUAGACUGGGAUGAGGAGAUGUAUGACCAUGAAACAGAUACACCUGCUCAUGCUGCAAACACAGCAAUUAGUGAAGACUUGGGUCAAGUUGAAUAUAUUUUAACAGACAAAACUGGGACCCUGACUGAGAACAAGAUGAUCUUCAGGAGGUGCUGUAUUGGUGGCACCUUUUAUGGGAAUGAGAGCGGAGAUGCACUUAGAGAUGUCGAACUCCUCAAUGCUGUUGCCAAUAAUUCUCAUGUCAUCAAGUUUUUGACUGUCAUGACCCUUUGCAAUACUGUCAUUCCUAUAAAAAGUUCUAGCGGAGCAAUUUUAUAUAAAGCUCAGUCCCAGGAUGAGGAUGCUCUUGUUAAUGCAGCCUCUAAUUUGCAUAUGGUGCUUGUCAACAAAAAUGGAAACACUGCUGAAAUUCACUUCAACAGACGGGUGGUUCAAUAUGAGAUACUUGACAUUCUAGAGUUUACAUCUGAUCGAAAAAGAAUGUCUGUCGUAGUAUUGGAUUGUGAAAGUGGAAAGAUUUUUCUCUUAUCCAAAGGUGCAGAUGAAGCAAUUAUUCCAUGUGCUUAUUCUGGACAGCGGAUAAAGACAUUUGUUGAUGCAGUCGACAAAUAUGCUCAACUGGGAUUACGGACACUCUGUUUGGGAUGGCGUGAACUGGAAUCGGAGGAGUACCUAGAAUGGUCUCGAUCAUUCAAGGAAGCCAACAGUGCAUUAAUUGAUAGGGAGUGGAAAGUUGCUGAGGUGUGCCAGAAACUAGAGCACAGCUUAGAGAUUCUUGGUGUCAGUGCUAUAGAGGACCGCCUCCAGGCUGGUGUACCAGAAACUAUUGAAAUACUGAGGCAGUCAGGAAUAAACUUUUGGAUGUUAACUGGCGAUAAACAAAGCACUGCUAUUCAAAUCGCGCUUUUGUGCAAUCUCAUUUCUUCAGAGCCCAAGGGGCAACUCUUGUAUAUCAAUGGAAGAACUGUGGAUGAAGUUGCUAGAAGCUUGGAAAGAGUUCUACUUACUAUGCGGAUAACUACUUCUGAACCUAAGGAGCUAGCUUUUGUUGUGGAUGGUUGGGCUCUUGAAAUCAUCCUGUCACGCUACAAUGAAGCCUUUACUGAAUUAGCAGCUCUUUCAAAAACAGCAAUAUGCUGCCGGGUUACACCGUCUCAGAAAGCACAGCUUGUAAAGCUUCUAAAAUCAUGUGACUAUCGAACUUUGGCUAUUGGAGAUGGUGGGAAUGAUGUCAGGAUGAUACAACAGGCUGAUAUUGGUGUAGGAAUUAGUGGCAGAGAAGGUCUUCAAGCAGCAAGGGCUGCUGACUAUAGCGUUGGCAAGUUCAGAUUUUUGAAAAGGCUGAUUCUUGUCCAUGGGCGAUACUCAUACAACCGUACAGCUUUUCUUUCUCAGUAUUCUUUCUACAAGUCAUUGUUAAUUUGCUUUAUCCAGAUACUUUUUUCUUUUCUUUCUGGUAUUGCUGGAACAAGUCUAUUCAACUCGGUUAGUUUGAUGGCUUAUAACGUCUUCUACACAAGCAUUCCUGUUCUAACUACUGUCCUGGAUAAGGACUUAUCUGAAAAGACAGUGAUGCAAAAUCCAGAGAUAUUGCUCUACUGCCAGGCUGGAAGGCUUUUAAAUCCAAGUACAUUUGCUGGUUGGUUUGGUCGAUCAUUGUAUCAUGCGAUUGUUGUUUUCUUGAUUACCGUUCAUGCUUAUGCUAAUGAGAAGAGUGAGAUGGAGGAGCUGUCAAUGGUUGCCCUCUCAGGAAGCAUUUGGUUGCAAGCAUUUGUUGUGACAUUGGAGAUGAAUUCUUUCACGUUCGUGCAAUUUCUAGCCAUAUGGGGAAACUUCAUCGCGUUCUACAUCAUAAAUUUCUUCAUCAGCAGUAUACCAUCUGCUGGGAUGUACACUAUCAUGUUCCGGCUUUGCAGACAGCCAACAUAUUGGGUAACACUGCUGCUAAUCAGUGGAGUUGGCAUGGGCCCUGUAUUAGCUCUGAAAUAUUUCAGAUAUACAUACAGACCUAGUGCUAUUAACAUUCUUCAGAAGGCUGAGCGAUCACGUGGGCCAAUGUACACACUGGUAAACCUGGAGUCUCAACUGAGAUCAGAUAUGGAGAACACGAACAUUUCCAUUUCAACACCACCAGUGAAGAACAAGAAUUCUGUUUAUGAGCCCUUACUUUCGGAGUCACCCAUUUCUUCCCGAAGAUCUUUAGUGUCAUCCUCAUUUGACAUAUUUCAGCCAGCACAAUCGAGGACCACAUCCUCUUUCCCCAGAAAUAUCAAAGCAAAUUAAUCUUUCCUGGUGGUUGUAGCACAGAUUAUACCCUCAGUAGUAUUGUCAGAAGAACAAAGACCAAAAAAAAAAAAACCUCCAAAAAAGGAGGCAAAACAAUAUAAAUUGAAUUAGAUAUGAUGUACAGAGCCGUAAAGGAUUUGUUUGAAAUGUCUAGGAAAUAAACAGGAGACUGAUAAGUGAAGGAUUUUGUCUUAUCACGCUAAUUUAUCAACAUAGUUCACAUAUAAGGAUGCUCAAUGUUGAUGUCAGAUAUAAUGAAACUAACUUGGUGC